AUGGAUACAUUUCAACUCGAAUGUUUUCAAUGUGAAGAAGAAUUAAGACAAUUGGAUACGAAACGACGUGCUAGAGGAUGGAAUGUUGGAGCUUUUCUUCACGUGAAAGAAAAAUUAGCGCUCAUGUAUCAACAAAUGUAUUUGAAAGAUGAUGCGAUUCGACAUUUGGAUGAGCUUGAUGCAAUUUUCAUCAACUUGAAUGAGACGGAGAAACAAGUUUUACAAGAUAGUAGCAAGAUCGCUUUUGAAUGCCACGAUCCUAUUUUUACACAGUCUCCUUUGGCAUUAGAUCUAGACGAAAUCCAGCAAUACAUUGCGUCGAAUCGUGCAUCAGCGCGUCUUAUCUCGCUCUACUGUUUCUGUCGGCAGAUUCGCACGCUAUACAUUAUGGGUAGUUUUCUGCAGCUGCUAAAGCGUGCUAGUUUGUUUAUUGAGUCGUUUCUGGCUGAGUUGGACAAGUUAGCAGCAGAAGGCGAGAUAAAGUGGCAUCAACCUUUUUUAUGGGCAUUGGGUGCAUGUAUGGAAAUUUCAUAUGCAUGCGAAGUGUCGUGGAGUGGCCGUGAUGACGAAUGGACUGCUUCUAGUGUGUCUGUACAAGCCGCACAAGCAAUUCCUGCCGAAGAGAUGUCUCGCGCACUUGGAAAUAUCUUGUACCUUGCAAGGAGGGUACUAAAGAAAUUUGCAAAGUCUAGAAAAUGCAGGAACGAACAUCACGUAUUAUCGUCAAGCUUGUCUGAUGCAGCGGACGCAGAAACGUCGAUGACGUGGUACCAAAAACUUGAACAAGUGUUUGUGUCUCCAGAAUGGCAACAAUCUGAAACCUGCGACUCCUAUGAGCGUUGUCUGUCCGAGAUAUCCCAUCUCGCGUCAAUGCACUUUUUACAGUGUGGACGUCAUCGUUUUGCUGUGUAUCUUGAAGGGGAGUGCGCUCAGUAUCAUUAUGGAUGUGGUGAGUUUGAGGUUGCGUCACGACUUCUGCGUUCGCUUGCCCGACAAAGCGAAGAGGAUGGUUGGUGGACAAUAUUUGGUGCCUGUGUCCAGCGCAUCUGUAGGGCUGAGCUGGCCUUAGGACAGUCCACACAAAGGAUAUCAGCGUGCUUUAACAUGUUGCAACUUGCGCAGGAAGAGCUAUUUGGUGUGAGCAAAGAGGGGAUGAAACAGCUACUGAUUGCUCUUGUGGCUAGUUUUGAGAGUAAUGAUGGCGCAGAUAAGGUUGUGAAUUCGGUGAAAGAUAUGAAAAAGUCUAGAAACGUGCCAAAGAUUAAUUUGGGCGAUCUGUUUCGGCCUUCAAUGGCCGUCGAGACGACACAGACUAGUGCGUAUGUACUAAAGCACGGGGAUAUUUGCGUUACACUGGGUAUUGCAAAUGAGUUUCCGGCAGGAGUGGAGCUGGAGAAAGUUUGCGUUUGUUUUUCAAGAAUGGUAGAAUCGUAUGAGAGUUUUGCACAAGAAGAGUUAUCGCACAUUGACGAUCUGGAAUUGAGCGAAGCCACAAGGACUGAUGCUUCCGUCGACUAUGACAAGAGUAACGUCUUAGGUACCAAUCUGGUAUCUACAAACGAUUCCAAUCGUCCUAGCAAGUCUGAUGAUGUCAUUAAGAAUGUCCACAUAGAGCAUGAGCAGGACACAGAAUUACUAUUAGAGAAGUGGGAUGUUUACCUUGAUGAGAAAACGGGUGCUAAUCUCGUGUGGCGUCACUCGGGCGUUCCAGUAGGACGUUACAUUUGCUCUGGGAUUGAGUGUGUCAUCGCGGGAAAUACUUUUCAUUUGCUUCCUUCUAGUGCACUAGUUCUCGCUAGCUUUGAAAUUACUGCCAAAGAGAGUACAGUUCAGGUUGACAUUGACGGAGCCCCAUUACUUGUGCCUCAGCCAUUAUCCGAGGUGGAAACCAUUACAGUCUCCGUCCGAGCUAAUGACGAUAUGGUGGUGAAUGGGAUUCUGGAAUUACGUGUCUGUAGACGAAUCAGGAGUGACAACUGCAUCACGCGGGGCAAUGAGAAAGAGAAUCUAGAAAAUGACGGAAGUAGUUGCAAUGAGGAGUGCAGAGUCCACUUGAUUAAGAUACAGCAGCUUGGUGAGACAGGGCCGGAUACUGCAGCAUCUCUAGACAAUGUCCAGAGCAACCAUGUUGAAAGUCGUGGAGAGUUGAACAGUUUGUUGAGUGUUGCACUGCCGACAGUACUCCGUGGUGACUCAUUGCGAUAUGUCGUAACCGUAAUGGUACCUCCACUCAAUUCUACUGAAAGCAGCUUUGGGCCCGAGGAUGAGAACGAAGAUAUCACCAACGUUACUAUCCGUGCAAGUGUACGAUAUCAACGGGACCGAAUGCAUACAAGUGCACGAACAACGGCUACAGAAAUGCAUUGCACAGAAUCAACUUUCCGUGUGUUGCAACCGUUGACUGAAGUCGUGCAGCUUCGGCGCGUUGGCACAAAGAUAUUCGCGUCCAUCACGCUCGUAUGCAAUCCGUUUCUUUCCGUUGUUCUCCAAGACUAUCAUUUGCAAUGCCCCGGACAAGUCGGUAACGCUUCUGUACAUUGUCCGGUAGUAACAGUCGAGCAGGAUCCAAAUACAAAAUUGCGAGGUACGAAUCUUCGCCCGAACGACCGUGUGCAUCUCGCAUUUACAUUAGGUUGUUCUCCAGCUUUUGAAACGAAAGCUUGUGACAGCUACUGCUCACUUGCAUUGGAUCUAAAGUAUGGCGCUGAUAAAUCGUGGUUCAAAACUAUGGCCGUACAUGUGCCACUGGCAGAAGUUGAGGGGAAACACUACCGGAUUGAUGUACUCCCGAGAGGUCUGAACAAAGCAUACACAUUUCUGGGUGAGAUUGUUGAGGCUACUGCAAAUGAGCCUGUCACGUUCGACAUUCAUGUACAAGAGGAAGUUUCGCACUUGCACAAGGCCGUUCUAGCAGACGACACAAAUACAUUGUCUCUAUGUCUUAACCAAAGCAGCGAGUACGAUUGGAUUCUCGUGGGCAAGCAGCGCGAGCGAUUUAACUGGAACCUGUACUUGGGAAACCACGGCGAUCGUCGGCGCGAGUUCAGGACACAAAAAAGGCUGUUAGCCACUCGGUCAGGCUUGCUUCGCUUUCCCGGUUUUCACCUUCAACUUAAUGACCAGACAAUACCAGCAGCACGCGUUCACUGUCAACAAAGCAGUCGUCAAGUAAUUGUAAGUUAG